CAUUCUUAUUGAGAGGAGCAAACAACAGAGCGCUUUGAUGUUGUUAGUGUUAGUACUGGUACCGGUAGUGUUCGCUUUCGCAUUCUCGUCAUGGUGAAAACUGAUGCGCAUGUGCGGCCCAACACGACACAACUGCGGUACACACCAUUUGGUAGCAGAUACACUAAUAGCCAAGUGGUAGUCUACUGCGAGAAACUGUUAUCGUCUUGUCAUCUUUUGUAACAAUUUAAGACAUUGAAACGACCAAAAAGCUGGAAAAGACACAUUUGAUCGGAAACAAUACGGAGGAGUAGUCAACGACGAUUCGCACAUGAUGACCUUCAGCACAAAACAGAUAUCCCUCCUGCACUGGUUACUUCUUCUAAUCAUUCCAAGUUCAGAGGGAUUCAUAUCUCCUCCACCACUCAACUCGAAUAGCUGUCAGAACCAAAGGGUUGCACGCCAUGCUUUUCGUCAGAACUACGACAAAACGAUUGUGAAAGACCAAGAUGCGUGGGCAUCAAGAAUUUCUACACGUCCCUCUACCGAUGCAAGCACGAGCCAACCUCUGUUUGGCAGACGAAGAGCAGUGAAGGGAAUGGCAGGAGCUAUAGCGUCAAAUUUCAUUCUCCCUACACUGCCAGCUUUGGCGUCACCACCUUCAUACGCCGUCCCAACGCCUGUCGAUUCGGCAUUCACGUCUUGGCCGCUGGGAAAGGUAGCAUUUUCACUUUUACCACUAGCAGGAACUUCAACACGGAGAGCCACGGUUCAGACGACAAUCAUUGAGGAUUCGAUGUGGACACAUGAUCAAAUUCAGGGUGUUGUCAAUGUGAACGUGCCAGUUCGACAAACAGUAAUUCGUCUCAAAGAUGGAGGUUUAUGGGUGCACAACCCAGUUGCACCGACUCCUCAGGUCAUUGAGAUGAUGAAAGAACUAGAAAAGAAAUAUGGACCGGUCAAACACAUUGUGCUGGGUACUGUUGCACUUGAGCACAAGGCGACGUUUGGUCCCUUUUGUCAAAAAUUCCCAAAGGCUACUGUGUGGAUCCAACCAGGACAAUGGGCAUUUCCCGUGGAUAUACCGAUUGAUGCCUUGGGUGUCAAACAAAAGGGGCAAAGACUGCGAGAGCUUCCCGUCCCAGGAAAACCAGCUACAAACUCUAUUUUCCGUACGAAUUCAAAAUAUGGACCUCCUGAAUGGCAAGACGAAAUCGAUUUUGAAGUUUUGGGCCCCAUUACCUUCCAGUCGGUAGGAGCUUAUUCUGAAACUGCCUUUUAUCAUAAAGCCAGUAAAUCCUUACUCGUCACAGAUGUAGUGGUUGGAGUCGAUAAGAAUCCUCCCGCAAUCAUUCAAGAAGAUCCGCGAGCUCUUCUCUUCCAUGCUCGAGAUAACAUCACAGAAGUUGUCGCAGAUACACCUGAAAACCGGGAGCGAGGUUGGCGACGAAUGGUACAGUUUGGUCUUGUAUUUUUCCCUUCUCAAAUUACUGUUGUACCUGCGGGGGAAGCCUUGAAAGAAGCUAGCCAAGUUGAUCGAAGCAUGAAAAAUUUGGGCGACGGGGCGGUACCAAUCAACCUCUACCCAUGGACCUGGGACGGAAACAGUGACGAAAAGAACUUUCAGGUGAUAUCGAACAAUGGAAAGCUGUUUUGCCCCCCAAUCUUAACCAAGCUCAUUCUUGACAGAGAACCUCAACUAACACUCGACUGGGUCGAUCGGGUUUGUCGACGCUUUCCCGACAUGAAUCGCAUAAUUCCUUGUCACUUAAACAAUGAUAUCAAAAUGACAGCGAAGGACUUUUCGGAUGCAUUUGAUCCACUUCGAUCUACUCCGCAAAACCUGAAGUCACAGCGACCUCUUGCAGAAGAUUUAGCUCUGUUGCAGAAAGCAUCCGAUUUGUUGACUACGCUAAAGGUUGUCGGUCCCAGUCAGGUGUGCGACGGAGAAUCAGCCAGGAUAGUGGGUCGAUUUGCUAGCUUGCGAUAGCAAAUUGUCGUGUAUUACGAGGGAAAGCAGCAAGGAUUCAUGAAUAAUGAUGACAUUAUCGUACGGGCAUAAUGCAUCGUCCAGUAUCAAUAGUACUGGUGAUAACUAAUAGUAACAGAGUUGUCUGUUGGUAAAAAUAGUAUUUUACUCCUAUCACACAUUAGAUCUUUUGAGGUUCGCUGCAAGUGGAAGUCGAAAUGUCAUCUUCUUACUAAAACAAGGGGUGUCUCAUUCUUGUGACUUCUUAUUUUCUCAAAGAAACUGCUGUUCGUUUUGUACUACAGUCUACAUUAAAAAGAGCUUGUUACC